AUGGAUUUUGUGAAGAAGUGUAAGAGAGUAUUGAGAAGCAGCAAGAGCAUGCAUGCAGAGGAAAGUUGCAGCGGAAGCUAUUACAAAUUAUCUUCAGAGACAAGGCACAGAAAGCAAAAAGACAGUCACAAGAAACCACCACAUGGUUGUGUUUGUGUCUAUGUUGGAGAUGAGAGACAGAGAUUCAUAAUCAAGAUCAACAUAUUCAAUCACCCUUUGUUCAAACAAUUUUUAGAAGAUGUUGAGAAUGAAUAUGGAUAUGGAAAAGAUGGUCCUCUUUGGCUUCCUUGCAACGUUGACAUGUUUUGUAAAACACUUGUGGAGAUACAAAGUUCACCAUGUCACCAUUUUUAUGCUAUUUCUCUUUCUCCUUUCAUUGAACCCUAA